UCCUGCGCAAGCGGCACAAGCAGCAGAUGAGAUUCAACCGGAGCACAAAAGCGCGAAGUACGAGGAAACGGCAGCAGGAGCUCAGAUUCAUUCACUGCUGGCUUUUUUAACCGAACUAUCCAUGCUUCCCGCGGAGAAACCCACCGAAUCCGAACCCUGAUUGCACCAAACCGGUUGAAGUUUUUUUUAUUUUUAUUUAUUUAUUUAUUUUUUACUUGAGUGAGGAGUGAAAUCCUCCCCCGCUCCCAGCGGAGCGAUGAUGGCUCUCGUGGUUCACCUGAAGAAGGUGUCUCACCUUCGCGGGAAAGGUGACAGGAUCGCCAAAGUUACAUUCAGAGGUCUGCCCUUCUGCAGUCGUGUUGCAGAGAACUGUGGAGAUGUGGCUCACUUCAAUGAGACGUUUCGAUGGCCCAUUGCCAGCCGGCUGGAUGAAAACGAGAUGCUGGAGAUCCAAGUGUACAAUUACAGUAAAGUUUUCUCUAACAGACUGGUCGGGACUUUCUGCAUGGUGCUGCAGAAGGUGGCUGAAGAGGGACAUUUGGAACUAACGGACACGCUCAUCGAUGAGAACAACACGUCGAUAAAAACCAGCGUUACCAUAGAGAUCCGGUACCAGGCGACGGACGGCAGCGCGGGGACGUGGAUCGACGGCGAGUUCCUGGAGGUCCCCGAUGAUCGGGACGGGGUGUUCGCCUUCGAAACGGACAGCUUGCUGUCAGGACAGAGUCAUGGGUCCGGGACGUCCCACGGACGAUCUCUACACGGGUCCAUACCCACCUUCAGAAAAGCAGGAAAGGGAGUUUUUUCAGCCAUGAAGCUCGGCAAGAUCAAGAACUCUAAAGACGACCACAAGAGAGACGAGCCUGCAGUUCUGGACAUGGAGGACCUGGACAGGAAAGCAAUGCGGCUCGCUGGGACGCUGGAACCGGACACCAUUUCGUUGGCCUCAGUGACAGCUGUCACCACCAACGUUUCCAACAAGAGGUCAAAGCCUGAUAUAAAGAUGGAACCAGGUUCCGGAAGACCGGUGGAUUAUCAGAUCAGCAUCACGGUGGUUGAGGCCCGGCAGCUAAUAGGCCUCAACAUGGACCCCGUGGUGUGUGUGGAGGUUGGAGAUGACAAGAAAUACACGUCUAUGAAGGAGUCCACCAACUGUCCGUACUACAACGAGUAUUUUGUAUUCGACUUCCACGUCCCUCCAGACGUCCUGUUUGACAAGAUCAUUAAGCUUUCGGUAAUUCAUUCCAAAAACCUUUUGCGCAGCGGGACUUUAGUGGGGACCUUCAAGAUGGAUGUUGGGACUGUUUACUCCCAGCCUGGUAAUUUAGCAUUUCCAUCAUGGGAGGGAAAAAAAAAAAAGUUUGUCCGACCGACCUUGGGGACUAUAUUAAAUCAAUUUAUUUACUGUCAUCCAGAGCACCAGUUUUACCACAAGUGGGCCAUCCUCUCCGAUCCUGAUGACAUCACGGCGGGUUGCAAAGGAUACGUCAAAUGUGAUAUCGCUGUCGUUGGGAAGGGGGACAACAUUAAGACUCCUCACAAAGCCAAUGAGACGGACGAGGACGACAUAGAGGGAAAUCUUUUGCUCCCAGAAGGCAUUCCCGCUGAGAGGCAGUGGGCGCGGUUUUACGUCAAGAUCUACCGCGCCGAGGGGCUUCCCAAAAUGAACACCACCAUCAUGGCUAAUGUGAAGAAGGCCUUCAUAGGAGAGAACAGAGAUCUGGUGGACCCGUACGUUCAAGUGCAAUUCGCAGGACAGAAGGGAAAGACUUCCGUGCAGAAGAGCAGCUACGAACCCAUCUGGAACGAGCAGAUCGUCUUCACCGAGCUGUUCCCGCCUCUCUGCAAGCGGAUCAAGGUCCAGAUCAGAGACUCGGAUAAGGUCAACGACGUCGCUAUAGGAACCCACUUCAUCGAUCUGCGCAAAAUAUCAAACGAUGGCGACAAAGGCUUUUUGCCCACUCUGGGUCCAGCGUGGGUCAACAUGUACGGCUCCACCCGUCAGUACACGCUCAUGGACGAGCACCAGGACCUGAAUGAGGGAAUCGGAGAGGGGGUGUCCUUCAGGGCCCGCCUCCUGCUCUCCGUGGCUGUGGAGAUCCUGGACACCACGUCACCGGAGAUCAUCAGCUCCAGCGACGUUCAAGUGGAAGGAGUCUCCAACAUCUCAGAGAGUGCCACUGGAAAAAUGGAGGAGUUCUUCCUCUUUGGUUCCUUCCUGGAAGCCACCAUGGUCGACAGAAAAAUCGGAGACAAACCGAUCACUUUUGAAAUCACAAUCGGUAACUAUGGUAACCAGAUAGACGGCGUUAGUAAAUCCGCCGCCGCCAAGAAGAAAAAGAAAGACGGGGAGAGCGAAGACGAGGAAAACGAGCUGAUCCUGAACUCCAGCGAGGAUGAAGGAGAGGAGGACGGUGACCUCGUCUCAGUCUCCACCACUCCCCUCAUGAGGCCCGUCAUCACUGAUAGGUCAGAGGUCACUCCACAAGAUUUCAAUUUGUUGGAAAAAAAAAUUAAAAUGAGCAAACUUUUCAGGAACUACUUCCAUCUGCCGUACUUUGAGAAGAAACCAUGUGUCUACAUCAAGAGCUGGUGGCAAGACCAGAGGAGACGACUUUAUAACUCCAACAUCAUGGAUAAGAUUGCAGAUAAGCUGGAAGAGGGUCUGAAUGAUGUUCAGGAGAUCAUCAAGACGGAGAAAGCCUUUCCUGAGCGCAGACUUAGAGGAGUGCUGGAGGAGCUCAGCGUCGGCUGCAGCCGGUUUGUGGCUCUGGCCAACAAGGAUGUGAACCUGGCUGGAAGAACCAAACUGGACCGAGAACGACUCAAAUCCUGCAUGAGAGAGAUUGACAGCAUGGGCCAACAGGCCAAGCAGCUGCGCAGUCAGGUCAAGAAAAACACAGUCAAAGACCGGCUCAAACUGGCUCAGAGCUUCCUGCAGAGGCUCCGAUUUCUCGCCGACGAGCCUCAGCACAGCAUUCCAGACGUCUUCAUCUGGAUGAUGAGCAACAACAAACGCAUCGCUUACGCUCGAGUCCCAUCCAAAGACAUCCUGUACUCAACGGUGGACGAGGAAACCGGCAAAGACUGUGGAAAAGUGAAAGCUGCUUUCCUUAAGCUGCCGGGGAAGAAGAGCUUCGGUCCUGCCGGCUGGACCGUUCAGGCCAAACUGGAGUUGUAUCUUUGGCUGGGGGUCAACAGGCAGCGGAAGGACUUCCUGAGCGGUCUGCCCAACGGGUUUGAAGAGGUCAAGGCGGCUCAAGGAGGACCUGGUCUUCUCUCCCUCCCUCCUGUGAGCCUCGUCUACGAAAUGAAGCAGGUGUUUCAGCUGCGAGCGCACAUGUACCAGGCCCGCAGUCUGUUCGCCGCAGACAGCAGCGGCCUCUCGGACCCCUUCGCCCGCGUCUUCUUCUCCACGCACAGCCAGGUUACCGAGGUUCUGAGCGAGACGCUUUGCCCCACCUGGGACCAGCUGCUGGUGUUUGAUGAUGUGGAGCUGUUCGGGGAAGCCAGCGAGCUGAGAGACGAUCCUCCGAUCAUCGUGGUUGAAAUUUAUGAUCAGGAUACUGUGGGAAAGGCCGAAUUCAUCGGCCGAACGUUCGCUAAGCCGACGAUCAAGAUGUGCGACGAGCAUUACGGGCCUCCGAGGUUCCCGCCGCAGCUGGAGUACUUCCAGAUCUACAGAGGGAACUGCACCGCCGGCGAGCUGCUGGCGGCCUUCGAGCUGCUGCAGAUCCCCUUUGAUGCAGAAGAGAUCAGACGCGCUCUGAUCGCUGUCCAUGACUUUGCUGUUCCUAAAAUAAAGAUUGGUCAAGGAGGCAAAGCCGACCUUCCCCCCAUUGAAGGGUCAACAGACUCGGAGCGCGGACCCAUCCUCCCUGUCCCUCUGGGCAUCAGACCUGUUCUGAGUCGCUACCGCAUAGAGGUUUUGUUCUGGGGGUUAAGAGACCUGAAAAGGAUCAACUUGGCUCAGGUGGAUCGGCCCCGAGUGGACAUCGAGUGUGCAGGUCGAGGAGUUCAAUCUGUGCUCAUCCAGAACUACAAGAAGAAUCCAAACUUCAGCACUCUCGUCAAAUGGUUUGAAGUGGACCUUCCAGAAAACGAGCUUCUCCAUCCUCCUCUCAACAUCAGGGUGGUGGACUGUAGAGCGUUCGGGCGCUACAUCCUGGUGGGAUCUCACGCCGUCUCCAGCCUCAGACGCUUCAUCUACAGUCCGCCGGACAAAACCUCCAACAACUGGGCAUCUGCAGCUAAGCUAAUGAAUGGCUACAUGGUCCUAACCAAUGGCAGCUCCCAGCCCCGCCCCUUACCCAGCCUUUCUUCCCGCGCCUUUUCUCGUCCUGCAGGUGACGUCGUCGUCAAUUUGGACACGGAGCCUCAAAUCAGAAAGAUGGACACGGUGGUCAAAUUAGAUGCUAUGUCUGACGCUGUUGUGAAAGUUGACAUGACUGAAGAAGAAGCUGAUAAAGAGAAAAAGAAGAAGAAGAAGAAAAAGAAGGGAGGAAUGGAUGAAGAAGAGGAGACCGAUGAGAGAGUGCUGGACUGGUGGUCGAAAUAUUUCGCCUCAAUAGAGACCCUGAAGGAGACUCUCAGGACUCAGGAGGCAGCUCAUGCAGAGGCAGAGGAGAGAGAAGAAAUGGAGAUAGCUGCAGAAGUAACUGGCUCCAAGAUGAAGGAAAAGAGCAGAGAAAAGAAGAGCGCGAAGGACAAGAAGAAAGGUCAAACACUCGAAAGCUCAGAGAAAACACCGGUUAAAUCAAAAGUGGAUGAGCUGGUGGUGUUCAACAAGGAGCUGGAGAGCGAGUUUGGUAGCUUUGAAGAUUGGCUUCAUACCUUUAACUUGUACAGAGGAAAAGCUGGAGAUGAUGAUGAACACGCUCUGGAUGAUGACAGGAUCGUUGGCAGGUUCAAGGGAUCCUUGUGUAUGUAUAAGCUCCCUCUGUCUGAGGAGAUCACAAGAGAAGCAGGAUAUGAUCCAAACAUGGGGAUGUUCCAGAGCAUUCCUCACAAUGAUCCCAUUAAUGUCCUUGUUCGGAUCUAUGUGGUCAGGGCAACAGACCUCCACCCAGCGGAUAUUAACGGUAAGGCCGAUCCUUACAUCGUCAUCAAGUUGGGCAAAACAGAAGUCAAGGACAAAGAGAACUACAUCUCCAAGCAGCUAAACCCCGUUUUUGGCAAAUCAUUUGACAUUGAGGCUACAUUCCCGAUGGAGUCUAUGCUGACGGUGUCUGUGUACGACUGGGACCUGGUGGGAACCGAUGAUCUGAUCGGAGAAACUAAGAUCGACUUGGAGAACCGCUUCUACAGCAAAUUCAGAGCAACGUGUGGGAUUUCAUCCAGCUACUCUGUUCAUGGAUACAAUAUUUGGCGAGACCCCAUGAAACCCACCCAGAUCCUGACCAGACUCUGCAAAGAAGGCAAGAUCGACGGACCACAUUAUGGGCCUGGAGGGAAAGUCAAGGUGGCCAACCGAAUUUUUACGGGACCAACGGAAAUCGAGGAUGAAAACGGUCUGAAGAAGCAGACUGAGGAGCAUUUAGCCCUGACUGUGUUGAACCAUUGGGAGGAAAUCCCCAGAGUCGGCUGCAAGCUCGUACCUGAACACGUAGAGACCAGACCUCUGUUGAACCCUGACAAACCAGGAAUCGAACAGGGCCGCAUUGAGAUGUGGGUGGACAUGUUCCCCUCAGACAUGCCCGCUCCUGGACCUGCACUCGAUAUUUCACCACGGAAACCAAAGAGAUAUGAGCUCAGGGUGAUUAUUUGGAAUACAGAUGAAGUAAUUCUGGAGGACGAUGAUUACUUCACUGGGGAAAAGUCCAGUGACAUAUUUGUCAGGGGAUGGCUCAAAGGGCAGCAGGAAGACAAGCAGGACACUGACGUGCAUUACCACUCCCUGACUGGCGAGGGCAACUUUAACUGGCGCUUCGUCUUCCCCUUCGAAUACCUGGUGGCUGAAGAGAAGAUUGUCAUCUCCAAGAAAGAGUCCAUGUUCUCCUGGGACGAGACCGAGUACAAAAUCCCUCCUCGUCUAACGCUGCAGGUCUGGGAUGCAGAUCACUUCUCAGCGGAUGACUUCCUCGGUGCAAUUGAGUUGGACCUAAACCGGUUCCCGCGGGGCGCUAAGACAGCCAAACAGUGCUCUCUCGACAUGAUCCGAAAUGAACACGAGCUACCUACCAUUUCCAUCUUCAAGCAGAAGAGGGUGAAGGGAUGGUGGCCGUUUGUAGCUCGCGAUGAGAAUGAUGAGAUGGAGCUCACGGGUAAGGUUGAAGCUGAACUCCACUUAGUGACUGCCGAGGAAGCAGAGAAAAGUCCUGUGGGACUGGGUCGAAAUGAACCCGACCCACUGGAGAAACCAAAUCGUCCGGAUACAAGUCUUAUGUGGUUUCUGGGCCCUCUGAAGUCCAUUCGCUACUUCAUCUGGCACAACUACCGCUGGCUGAUCCUCAAGGCCCUGGGGCUGAUCCUUCUGCUGCUCAUGCUGGGCCUCUUCCUCUACUCAAUCCCUGGCUAUCUUGUCAAGAAGAUACUGGGGGCCUGAUGCGCUGUCGCCCAGACACCACCUUCCUGUGGUUCCUCAGCCCCCUGAAAGCCAUCCGCUACCUGGUGUGCAACCGCUACAAGUGGCUGAUCAUCAAGAUCGUGCUGGUCCUGCUGCUGCUCAUCAUGGUGGGCCUCUUCCUCU